AUGGCCGUAGCAGCAGCCCUAACAAGACUUCAGGCGGAAGCCAAGUGCCCCAUCUGCCUGGAUGACCUGAGAGACCCGGUCACCAUCGAAUGUGGACACAACUUCUGUCGCUUCUGCAUCCAGAGGUCCUGGGACGAUCCGUAUAAAGGUUUCCCUUGUCCUCUCUGUCGUCAUCAGUGUGAAGAAGGGCACUUCAGAAGCAACGCCCAGCUGGGGAGGAUGAUUGAAAUUGCCAGGCUGCUCCACAUCAGCCUGAGGAAGGAGAGGGAGGAAAAGACGGGUCUGUGUGAGAAGCACGACGAGGUCCUGACCCUUUUUUGUGAGGAGGACCUGGAGCUGUUGUGUGCCCUGUGCGCUCAGCCCCCGGACCACCAGGGCCACUACGUAAGGCCCAUCAAGGAGGCUGCCUCUCACCACAGGAAAACGCUUCAGAGUUACAUGGAGUCCCUGAAGAGGCAAGUGGCAGAUGAUCAAAAAUUACUAGUCACCCAGGACCAAAAACAGUUAGAACUAAGAGAGAGGGUGGAACACCAGAGACAGAAAUUAUCCUCCGAAUUUGAGUAUCUGAACCAGUUUGUUGAAAAUGAGCAACAAGCAGUUAUAUCAAAGUUAGCAAAAGAGGAGAGGGACAUUGAAAGGAAACUCAACGAAAACAAGAGGGCAUUUUCAAACCACAUUUCCAAGAUCAAGGGUCUAAUAACGGAGGUGGCAGAGAAGAGCAUGAUGUCAGAAGUGAAAUUGCUGACAGAUAUCAAGAGCAUCUUCCAGAGGUGCGAGAGCCUCAAAUCCCCAGCUCUCUUUUCCUUCCGGUUAAGGAAAGAAGGAUGCAGUCUUCCUUUGCAGUUUUCAGCUCUAAAGAAAAUAAGACAGAAGUUUAGAGAGGAGGUUACUCUGGAUCCCGAGACAGCGCAUCCUAAUCUGCUUGUCUCUGAGGAUAAAAAGUGUGUGACUUUCGUUCAGAGAGAGGAACUUGUUCAUCUGGAUCCAGUGAGAUUCGUGGCUUAUCCAGUGGUUCUGGGUUCAGAGGGAUUCAGUUCUGGCCGGCAUUACUGGGAAGUCCGAGUUGAAGACAAGCCUGAAUGGACUGUGGGGGUUUGUCAAGACUCCAUUUCCAGGAAGGGGAAAUGGCCACUGUCAAGUCUGAGCAGAUGCUGGAUGAUUCAGCUGCACAAUGGUGUUUAUGUGGCACAGUGCACUGUCCCAAUCACUCUCUGGCUAAUGGAAAAACCCACAUGGAUUGGCAUUUAUCUGGACUAUGAGUUGGGUGAGAUUUCCUUUUACAGUGUGAAUGACAGGUCCCACAUCCAUUCUUUCAUGGAUACGUUUUCUGAAGCAUUGAAGCCUUAUUUCGGUAUUGGCUAUGACUCAAAACCUCUUACCAUCUGUGAAGUAGCAGACUGUGAAGGGUGA